UUAUUAAGCCAGGAGUUGAAUUAAUUAAUUCUUGGAGCUUUGCAGGAAUAGCUAACAAGCAAGUUCUAAGUAAAGAACUUGCACACUUGAAUAAUGAUAUCUAUAUGUUAAUUUAAAAUGCAAGGGACGAUUAAGAUGGUGUAUCAAUUAAUGUCACUUAAAUGUCAUCUACAUGAAUGAGAAUCAUCAGUCUAGAUGGAUGGUAUUACUCGAAAUGGAAAUCUCCUAUCCAAUGAAAAUGAAUCGAAAACUGAUAAGAAUCUGUGAUUUCAAACAGAUUGAACAAAGAUUAUGAAUCUUUUUGUUUAACUUUUGAAGUAGCUAAAAGAAAAGCAACGACUAGAGUAGGGAGUCAUGGUCGAAAAGAGAAUUCUUCACUUCUCUCAUGAGAUUGCCGAGUCUGCUCCAGCAGCAUGAUGAGGCGGAGGUAGGCAAGGGGCAGCGAGUGAAAACAGAACUCUUGAAACACCAAAAGCACCAAAUCUCUAAUCACUAUCCUUGAUUACAAUAAAAUAAACUUGAAUAAUUCUACGUAACAUCAGCCUAUACUCUUAAAUGGGAUUCAUGUCCCUUUUAAAAUUAUCUAUCAACUAAUGAUACUUGAAUGUCACUUAAACUAAUAUUUAUCACCUGUGGUGCUAAAUAACGGACAUUACUAUAUAAACUCUGACAAAUGUAACAUUUCACCACUUUGUAUAUAAUAUAUUAAACAAAAGGUAUCUUGGAUCCCAAUAGCAAGCAAUAAUAAACGAUUUACAAAUCAUAAGUACUCAAUCUGUUGAGUCAACUACCUGCAAACUUGAGCUUGAUCAAGAACAUCAAUGGCUGCCUACAACGUUGAAGAGGUUCUUCCACCAGUCUUGGAUUCGACUUCUGAAUCACCACCACUCUUUGAUGGAACCACUAGGUUGUAUCUCAACUAUGAGUGUCCAUUUUGCCAACGCGUGUGGAUUGUCAGGAAUUAUAAGGGUUUACAUGACAAGAUCAAGUUAAUUGCCAUUCACCUUCGAAACAAGCCCGGUUGGUACAAGGAGAAGUUGUAUCCUGAAAAUAAGGUUCCAUCACUGGAGCACAAUGGAAAGGUCAUUGGAGAGAGCUUGGAUUUGAUUAAAUACCUCGACAGUAACUUUGAAGGACCGGCUCUGUUACCUGAUGUUCCUGCCAAACAGAACUUUGCAAAAGAGCUGGUAGCCAAUUGUGGAACAUUCAUAAACAAUGUGUUCACUUCGUUCAGAGGAGAUCCAGUGAAAGAAGCUGGCGGUGAAUUCGACUAUUUAGAAACUGCACUCGGUAAAUUCGAUGAUGGGCCAUUCUUCCUUGGUCACUUCAGUCAGGUGGACACUGUUUAUGUUCCAUUCAUUGAAAGGUUUCACAUCUUUUUACAAGAAGUGUGGAAAUAUGACAUCACAUCUGGUAGGCCAAAGUUAGCAGCAUACAUACAGGAGAUUAACAAAAUUGAUGCAUACAAGAACACUAAGUGCAAUCCUAAAGCACUGGUCGAACUUUAUACAAGCUGGUAUCUGGCCAAGUGAAAUUGAUCUGAAAAACUACUGCAACGGAACAUUUUUAUGUUAUGUACUGGAUUGUAUUUUUUCUUCACUUGUUUGUGAUAAACUAGACCUUGGCGCAAUAAAAUUGUAUCAACGUUAAUAAGUUAGCUUGCUCAAAUUGUUGCGACUGGAUUGAGCUAAACGGUAUUAAUGAAUGAUAUUUCAACUUCUUUUUAA